GAGGGUUCCAUCGCUCGAACGCGGGACGUUUCCCUUGCACUUCUGUUUUUGCCUCCUCUCUCGCCUUCCAACGAAACCCUAAUCCUCGUCCCCGUCGUCUCCCAUGCCGCCCCCUGGAAGUCGCGGACGCGGACGCGGACGCCACGGCCGGCCCAGCCUACCUGCGGAGCAGCGUCAGGAUCACUUUGCCCGGGACGGCGCACCACAGACCCGUGCCACGGGCAGGCCGUUAUGGGGAGUCUCUGGGUCUGGCCGCGCCGGCCACGCCUGCGGCAGCGCCGACCAUGGCCUCUCCCGCCCUGGCCGCUCCGAAGGACGCUCCCGCCGUCGGCUUGGCUCUGCACCGUGUCAGGAACAUGGACCUGCACAAUUGCGACGAGAACCGUCUGUCUCGCACUUAAAUAAGUUGCUGAGCACUACAACAUUUAUGGAAUCCUCGACUCUUGGGUCGCCAAUUCUGGCCCGGACACCUACUGAUUGGCCGAUGACCUUCUAUAUCAGAAUUGAUCGCAGGGGGUCUUUCCAUACAUAUCCUGAUGUGGGUGGGCCAUUUAGGAAAUUGCAAGAAGUUCACAAUGCUAUUGAUCGCUAUCUUGAGGACCGCCGGCAUCCAACAAUGUUCAAGGAGCAAGAUGGGGUUUCUCUAAUGGACAUUGCUAUACGAGAGGCUAUGUACUGGCCUGAUGGCAGUAGGAGGAACGGCCCAAAAUCACAAAUGAUUGAAGAAAGCCAUAGUGAAAUGCGUUUAUUAGUUCAAGUUUUAGUGGACAAGUAUAAUGAUGAUCACAACCGUUUUGGGGAUCUAGCACAUGAACUGAAAGAUGUUAUGAAGUACCAAUAUAUCUCCGAGGGCCAUGGGUACUAUCAUUUCAAUUUCACUACGAAGACUAAAAGAGCUGAUGCUUUUGGAUGUGGCACCAACAAUCUAUUCUUUGUCGAAGUCGAAGUCAAAUUUGUGAAUGAAGAAGAUGAAAAAUUGGUUGUCAGCUGUUUCUGUAUGGUUAAACCUAAUGAUAAUGGCCACUGCUAUGGUUGUGUAAAUAAUGGAAGUGUUCGUAUGAAGCACCCCAACAAUGCUGCUGCAUACACUGGCGGUCACUUGGAUUUGCCAUCUGGAUGUUGUUGUAGUGGAGACUGGAUCGACUACGAUGAGGAUGAGAAAGCUGAGGAGGAUAAUAUACGAUAUAUGUUCAAGGGCAUGGAUGAUCCAGAGUUCCUGAAGGAAUUCUUAACACUCCCACCUGGUGCAACACCUAUCGUGUAAAUGGUGGAAGACUAGGGAGGGCGCUGGAGUGGGAUAUAAACGGCUGUGUAUAUUUGGCGAAACCUUUUAAUGUUAGUCUUUCAAUUCUGGAGGCAUCCUAGAGAGUGGUAUUGAGAGAAACCAUUUGGUUUAAGAUGGGCCUAUUUAUGAAAUGUUGUUAUACUUGAAUAA